UGACGUGGCGUGAGAGGUAGCAUUAGCAAACCAGCAGCAGCUAGCACAUCUACCCAAGCAGAAGCUGGUGAGCUCGAACAUAAUCCUGUGGAAGUAUGGAUAUUAUUCAGGUCAACUGAUUGAACGGUGUUCACCUUUCAGGCAACGGGAAGAAGAAAAAAAAAUGUCCAGUAGAAGCCAGCACUAUGGCUUUCAGUCAGCCACCAUGGUGCAGCCUGCCAAUGGCGGUCAUGCCUAUCUGUUUGGAAACAAUGGCUCAGAGAAUGACCUGUCAGAGGAGGAUGGGGAGAGCUAUGAGCUGCGGCCACGUGGCAGAGAGAGGCUGCGGAGGAGCACCUCCAGAGAGAGGAUGGAGGAUAUUAUCUACCUGACCAGAGACAUACAGGAGGGGGACACUCUGAACAGCAUCGCCCUGCAGUACCACUGCUCAGUGGCCGAUAUAAAGCGUGCCAACAACCUCUUGACAGAGCAGGACUUCUUUGCCCUGCGGUCAGUCAAGAUUCCUGUGAGACGCUUUAGCGUCCUCACUGAAACUCACAGCACUGGACCUCUCAAUUCUGCCUCCCCCUCGGGGGCCAGGCGCCUUCCCCAGAACUCCGUGGUUACCUCCCUCCCCACUGAGUCAUCCACAGACUCUUCUUCUUCCACCGACAGCGUGGAAGGUUUCCUCCUUGAGAAAGACAAGGACAUCGAGCAGCUUGUAAAAUCCAGCAGCCUGAACGAAGUUGUGUCCUCUUUAACACUGCAGCAACAGCAGCCACUGCUGGGAGAGGUUGAGUACAAACCAGUACAGAGAAAGGACCCUUAUUAUGGGGCGGACUGGGGCAUGAGAUGGUGGACGGCUGUGGCCAUCAUGCUGGUAGUUGGCAUUGUCACACCUGUGUUUUAUCUCUUGUAUUACGAGGUUCUCAUGAAAACUGACGUCAGCCAUCACGGCAGUCCCACACAAGCUGCUGGCAACAUUCCUCCUGAUGGAAUAAUGGGCCCUCAUGCUGGAGAAGAGAACCAUGCAAGGGCUGGACCCGGACAGCCUCCUGAAAACCUGGUUAAUGGCGAUUUACAGGGAGGGAGUGUGGACAAAGCAGGGGACGUUGCACAUGGGGAACAUGGGACAAUAUAAUGGAUCAGAGACCUAAUGUAAUUCUUUUUUAAAAUAAUCUUUAUAGACUCAAUACAACAAUGCAAUCGGCCGGGCUGGGUCAGUCACUUUAUUGUGAGAAAGGUAAUUUUUAUAGGAUUAAUAUAAUAUCAGUACAAAUGUGGCGACAGUCAUCCUUGUGUCUGUCCAUUCACUAAGAUAUGUUUUACAACAAGGAGUUUAAAUGAAAUGAAAAUAUCAAAUGUGAUGGUUGGCUGAACUGUCUCUGAAUGAUGGAUUUAUUUCUUCAUAGUUUUUAUCAUCUUUGCUGCUGCGUUCACUGUAAGCUACUCUCAGUGUUCAAAAACAAGCCAGGACAGACGGCAACUAACUCAUAUCUGUUUAUUCUGUGAUGAAUCAGUGGUCCCUUUGUAAACUUAUCUGCAGUUCAAAUGUAAAUGUGGAUUCGGUUGCAAAGCUGAUUUCAAGCAGGUUAGUCAAACUAUUCUUUUGCCAUAUUAGAAAUUGUGAUUUUUCCAACUCUAUUGGUUGGGAAGGUAUGAUUUCUGCCAGUGUGUUUAAUAUAGAAGUAAUUUAUAUCAAGACGUUUGAGCAUUAGCCUUUACUUACACUAUCAGUAUUGCGAGUUCCCCAUUUUUUAAUUUCGAUGACAAUUGCUUGAUUUCUUUUUUAGCUUGCCUGGAGAGAACUGCAUUUGUGAUGACAAAAUGUCGUAGAGCACGAUGAGGAAAAGGGGGUCUGCACAGUAUUCCCAAAAUGACUCAGUGAAGCUUUAGACUUUGUUAUAGCCCUUUUAUUUGACCACUUUGUCCACUUGAUACGUCAUGGAAAAGAAUAACGUUUUGUUGACAAUAUGUGCCUUUCAACCUUUCGCAACACAGCUAAAGGGUUGGAAAAUAAAUACAUCUAUUUUGAAUAAAUUAUUGCCAGUA